GAUGUCCAGUUUGUCUGAGACACCAAAAAAGAGUGUCGCAGGUGCUGAUGCUAGCUCUGAACCCAUGAUCCUGGAGCAAUAUGUGGUGGUGUCCAACUAUGAGAAGCAGGAGAACUCUGAAAUUAGCCUCCAGGCUGGAGAGGUCGUGGAUGUCAUAGAGAAAAAUGAAAGUGGCUGGUGGUUUGUGAGCACAGCAGAGGAGCAGGGCUGGGUCCCUGCUACGUACCUGGAAUCCCAAAAUGGAACCAGAGAUGACUCGGACAUCAACACAUCCAAAAUUGGGGAAGUCUCUAAGCGACGCAAGGCUCACCUGAGGCGCCUGGACCGGCGAUGGACGCUGGGCGGGAUAGUCAACAGGCAGCAGAGUCGAGAAGAGAAAUAUGUCACUAUCCAGCCGUAUGCCAGCCAGGGGAAGGAUGAGAUUGGGUUCGAAAAAGGGGUCACCGUGGAGGUCAUCCAAAAGAACCUGGAAGGAUGGUGGUACAUAAG